AUGAGCUACUACCUCGUCCUCGUCGGCACGCUCGACAACCCGCUGUACGAGGCCUUUCUGACUUCGAGCAAGGCCUCUUCGUCCACCACGAUCUCGGUCACCGCACAAUCGCCCUCCAUCCCCUCCUCCUUCUCCAUCUUUGGCGCACUCCCCACUUCCUCGACACCGAAUCCUCAGGCAGCAGGGACGGCCAGUACGGUCGGCUAUGGGCACAAGACGGGUCCGAACGGGCGGCAUGUGAUGCAGCUGGUCGCGCAUGCGAGUUUGGACGUCGUCGAGGAUGUCCAGUGGACGAACGGCGGGAUGUACCUGAAGUCGAUCGACAAGUUUCACGAGUGGACGGUCUCUGCGUGGCUGACACCAGGAGGCGUCAAGAUCAUCCUACUGCACGAGCUGAAGAAUGAUGAGGGAAUCCGGCUGUUCCUCCAAGAUACGUGGGAGACCUAUGUAAAGACCCUCCUGAACCCUUUCCACGAGCUCAACGCGCCUAUACGGAACCAAACCUUCGAUGCGCGGAUCAAGGCGAGCGCGAAGAAGCAUCUUUGA